AUGUCUAAUAGAAGGAGACUAAGAAGAUAUCGUCCAAAUAGUUCAACCAUGUUAAGUGUUAACGACCUAAAUUCACUUGUUAAUAAUCCAGACACUUUAUCCGACAAUUCACACUUCAAUAAAGCGAACUCGAACACGCCACUUAAUCCCAACACAUUCCCGCUACCUGGUAAUCAAAACACGCAACCUACCCCGCAAUCUGGUAAUCCAUACACGCAACCAAUCAUGCUAACUGGUAAUCUGAACGCGCAACCUACCCCGCAAUCUGGUAAUCCAAACGCGCAAUCAACCACGCUAUCUGGUAUUCCAAACGCGCAACCAAUCCCGCUAACUGGUAAUCCAUACGCGCAACCUACCCCGCAAUCUGGUAAUCCAUACAUGCAACCAAUCAUGCUAACUUGUAAUCUAAACGCGCAACCUACCCCGCAAUCUGGUAAUCCAAACGCGCAACCAACCACGCUAUCUGGUAUUCCAAACGCGCAACCAAUCCCGCAAUCUGGUAAUCCAAACGCGCAACCAACCACGCUAUCUGGUAUUCCAAACGCGCAACCAAUCCCGCUAACUGGUAAUCUAAACGCGCAACCUACCCCGCAAUCUGGUAAUCCAAACGCGCAAUCAACCACGCUAUCUGGUAAUCCAAACGCGCAAUCAACCCCGCUACCUGGCAAUGUUCAAAACACGCAGUCCGGCAAUAAUCCAAUCCCGUGUCGCACACCAAAUAAUAAUAAUCAAUAUAUGAUAAAUAUUAUUGCGCGACUUCAACAACAAUCAACGGGGAACGAUUCACUUGACGAAUUCUAUAAUGGAUUCAAAUUUUGA